GGCCAUUUUUGGUUCUGAGAAGAGCGAGGGUUCAGGGUGGGGAGUGGAAGCAGGAGGAAAAAGGGCUCAGCGCCUCCCCGCCCGGCCGUGAACACAGAGGCCUUUUCGGCAGGCGGGCGAGGUCGCUGAGGGCCCGGAGAUGUUUUCCCUGUCGAGCACCGUGCAGCCCCAGGUUACAGUUCCUCUAAGUCACCUUAUCAAUGCCUUCCACUCACCAAAAAAUCCAUCUAUUUCUGUCAGUGCAUCAAUUCCUCAAAACCAACAUCGAGAUGCAGUUAUUGAGCAUGAGCCGCCCAGCAAUGAGCCCGUACUUAACUUAAAGGAUCUUGGACUAUCUGAAUUAAAAAUUGGACAGCUUGAUCAACUUGUCAACAGUCUGCUACCAGGAUUUUUCAAAGGCAAAACAACUUCUUCUCCUUGGCACAUAUCCCAUGUCUCUGCACAGUCCUUCUUUGAAAAUAAGUAUGGUUUUUUAGAUGUAUUUACUACUUUACGUUCCUCUUGCUUAUACAGACAACAUUCAAGAACUCUUCAAAAUAUUUAUUCACAUCUUCAGUACUCACCAGUUUUUAUACAGUCUCGGGGUUUUCAGACUUUGAAAUCACGAACACGGCGUCUACAGUCCACCUCUGAGAGACUAGCAGAAACACAGCAUGUAGCACCAUCUUUUGUAAAGGGAUUCCUUUUGCGGGACAGAGGAUCCGAUGUUGAAAGUUUGGACAAACUCAUGAAAACCAAAAACAUCCCAGAAGCUCACCAAGAUGCAUUUAAAACUGGUUUUGCAGAGGGUUUUCUGAAAGCUCAAGCAUUGACACAAAAAACCAAUGAUUCUCUAAGACGAACUCGGCUGUUUCUCCUUGUUCUGUUGCUGCUUGGCAUUUAUGGACUAUUGAAAAACCCAUUUUUAUCUGUCCGAUUCCGGACAACCACGGGACUUGAUUCUGCAGUAGAUCCUGUCCAAAUGAAAAAUGUAACAUUUGAACAUGUUAAAGGAGUGGAGGAAGCUAAACAAGAAUUACAGGAAGUGGUUGAAUUCUUGAAAAAUCCACAAAAAUUUACUGUGCUUGGAGGUAAACUUCCAAAAGGAAUUCUUCUAGUUGGACCACCAGGGACUGGAAAGACCCUUCUUGCCCGAGCUGUGGCUGGAGAAGCUGAUGUUCCUUUCUAUUAUGCUUCUGGAUCAGAAUUUGAUGAGAUGUUUGUGGGUGUGGGAGCCAGUCGUAUCAGAAAUCUUUUUAGGGAAGCAAAAGCAAAUGCUCCUUGUGUUAUAUUUAUCGAUGAAUUAGAUUCUGUUGGUGGGAAGAGAAUUGAAUCUCCAAUGCAUCCAUAUUCAAGGCAGACUAUAAAUCAACUUCUUGCUGAAAUGGAUGGUUUUAAACCCAAUGAAGGUGUUAUCAUCAUAGGAGCCACAAAUUUCCCGGAGGCAUUAGAUAAUGCCCUGAUCCGUCCUGGUCGUUUUGACAUGCAAGUUACAGUUCCCAGGCCAGAUGUAAGAGGUCGAACUGAAAUUUUGAAAUGGUAUCUCAAUAAAAUAAAGUUUGAUCAGUCUGUUGAUCCAGAAAUCAUAGCUCGAGGUACUGUUGGCUUUUCUGGAGCAGAAUUGGAGAAUCUUGUGAACCAAGCUGCAUUAAAAGCAGCUGUUGAUGGAAAAGAAAUGGUUACUAUGAAGGAACUAGAGUUUUCCAAAGAUAAAAUUCUAAUGGGCCCUGAGCGUAGAAGUGUGGAGAUUGAUAACAAAAACAAAACCAUCACUGCAUAUCACGAAUCUGGCCAUGCUAUUAUUGCAUAUUACACUAAAGAUGCAAUGCCCAUCAACAAAGCUACAAUCAUGCCACGAGGCCCAACACUGGGACACGUGUCCCUAUUACCUGAAAAUGACAGGUGGAAUGAAACCAGAGCCCAGCUACUUGCACAGAUGGAUGUCAGCAUGGGCGGGAGAGUGGCAGAGGAGCUUAUAUUUGGAACUGACCACAUUACAACAGGGGCUUCCAGUGAUUUUGAUAAUGCAACUAAAAUAGCAAAACGAAUGGUUACCAGAUUUGGAAUGAGUGAAAAGCUUGGAGUUAUGACCUACAAUGAUACAGGGAAACUGAGUCCAGAAACCCAAUCUGCUAUUGAACAAGAAAUAAGGAUACUUCUAAGGGACUCAUAUGAGCGAGCAAAGCAGAUCUUGAAGACUCAUGCGAAAGAGCACAAGAAUCUAGCAGAAGCCUUACUGACGUAUGAGACUCUGGAUGCCAAAGAGAUUCAAAUUGUGCUUGAGGGGAAGAAAUUGGAAGUGAGAUGACAACUGUCCCGACAACGAGCAGACUUGGUUUUAUUGCAAAAGUAUCCAUAGGAUUGCUGUAGUCUCCUUAUGUAACGCUUUGCCACCCUUACUAUGAUUAAGGAAGUGAAACACUUUGUCAGUCUUUUGUCACAUUUAUCCAAUUUUGGUCAUUCUCAUGAUGUGACCUAGUGCAAAUUGACAAUGCAUAGCAAAUGUGUUCAAGAAAAUAAAGAACCAUCAGGAUUGAAAACAGUCCGUUUGAGAAAUGUCAAUCAGUUAUUCAGUUGCAACUGAUAAUGAUUGUAUGAUUGGUUAUUCAGCUAGAUAUAAAUAAACACUGUGCCUUGGGUCCUGGCAUGUAUUCUAAUUGGCAGGCUGAAAUUGUUGAAAGAUUAUUGACAUUUUUCAAAAGUAUCCUUUGUCUUUGAUAAAACAAACAGUGCUAUUUUACUAUUAGUAAAACAUGUUUCUGCCUACAUGAGUUGAAACUUCAUUAGGAUGCCCUAUUGAUGUAAGGUCCAGAUUGACCAUACGUAAAGUGGUCUUUUAAAAAUCUCUGAUUAGAGAAUUGUAGAGACUCAGAAAUCAAAAAGGUUUCUUUAAAAUGUGUCAGGCAUUUUCAUUUUAUUUUUAAAAUGUUGCUAUCACCAGAACUAGGGAAACAUUUCGGAAUAGCAGUAUUUUGUUAAAUAAGUAAAUGACAAGCCUUAAAUUGUGUAAGUCUGUAAUUAUGCUUGGUAUCAAAAGCAAAAUUAAGCUGAAAACUCCCCCCCCUUCAAAGUGAACUCUGAAUUACCCUAUGUUUGAAAGGGAAAGCCCUGCUUGGUUUUUUAGUUCAUUUGUGUCAAAAAGGAUAUGCUCUUCAGGAUUUACAGGUACAUUUUUAUUUAAAUGAAUAGAAAUAUUAUUUUAGAGCAUGUUGUAUUGGUCUCACAGCCAAAUUAUAUUCUUGAAGUGAUUUUAUUAAAACUACCUACAGUUUUCUAAUAACUUUUAAGCUUUAUAUGGUCUUCAUUAGAGAACUUAGAAAUAAAGGGGCUCAUGGCAUUCUACUUGUGGCCCUUUUUUCCCUUGUAGUUUUAAAUGUUGAUGUGAUUUCUUAGUUAGAGAAAAGCUGAUUAUAAUACAAGGAAUCCCUAUAUGUUCUUGAUACAAAUCACCACCUGCUUUCAUUUGUCCAUUUCUCAGCUACCUGUUCUGCCUCUGGACACAGACACACACAUUUGAAAUGUCUAUCUUAUCUAAUUGACUUAAAAAAAAAUAGUAUACGGAUUUAAGUAUGAUUUACAUAUUUUAGAGUUCAUUUAUUAAUAUACUAGUCAAAGGUUUUGUGUCACUACUAUAGUUUUAGAAUUACAGUCGGGCUCAAAAUGUCUUAGACUUAUUGACAGUAAUUCCUUGCCCCACCCCACACCCCAGGAACACAGGUCUUCUUUCCUUUCUCAUAAUCUGCCUUCUCAGUACAUUUAGUAUGUGUGCCUUUGACAUUAAGAUACGGUUCUGUUUAUCAUUUCUUUUUAUUUCUUUGUAAGUACUCUCUGAUUUGUAGGUAACCAUGUACGUUUACCCACUCACUAGUGUAGACAUGUUGUUUUCACAGUUGGGCUAUUAAGACUAGAAUUGGAAUGAACAUUAGUAUCUACAUCUUCAUAUAAUGAAUGUUUUCCUUUUUAUUGAGUGAAAGUCUAGGAGUUCAUGUUUAACUAGGAAGGAAAGCAGGGUACUAGUAUUGAUGUCGUCGUACGUUCUCCAGCAGUGGGAAUGGGUGAAGGUUCCCGUUUCUGCUCACCUCUCACAACACUAGCAGCUGUUCCUUUAAUGACAUCUGUUCUAGCGAUUGUGCAGCGGUAGCUCGUUGGGCAGGUAAUGGACAUUUUGCUAGAGAUUAUUGAUGUUAAGCACAUUUUCUGUGCUUAUUGGCCAUUUGUGUAUGUGUAUUUCUACAUUGUAGAACUGUCUAUUCAAAUCUGUUGCCGCUCCCUCCUUCCCAAGUUUUGCUUUCUUUUGUAACUUAAGACUUUAGUCUUUUUUUUUUAAGUUUUGAAAGAUACAUGUUCUGGAUAAUUUUUUUCGUCAGUUGAGUCUUGCGCUUUUUAAUCCACUAUGACAAUACGCCAUUUGAGUGGAUGUUUAGAUCACUCAUAUUUAAUAUUGGUGUGAUUAAAUUGAUACUUGCCAAUUUGCUAUUUUA